AUGAAGCAAAAAUUUGCCGAAUGGCAAAUUUUAUCCCACGAAUACAAUAGCCAAACGACACACUGCUCGCGUACAGCAGAAAAUUUAAAAAAUGAGUCAUACAGGAGGAUGCAUAGAAUCCAAACAGGUGGUGGACCAACAAAUCCAAAGAUAGAAGAUCCUCUAGAUUCCAAAAUCAUAUCAUUAAUUAAAACAGGUGCUGUUGGGCUUUUCAACCAUUUUGACAGUGACAGUGUUGCCCCAGAUAGCUUAGAGAGGCAUAAUUUUGCUGAGGUUCAAGUUAUUUUGCCUGAGGAGCCAGAAUUAUGUAAUAAAGAUCUUGAGACUGAACUUAAUGAAAUUCAAAAGACUGGGAUCGACUCGAACGAAGUAUUAAUGCAGCGAUUAACGUUCUGGGAUCGUAUUGAAAAAUUAGCACUAAUAGAAAAUAUGCGAGCAAAGAUUACUGGAGAUCCGGAAGCACAAGAGUUUGUUGUUUUUAUACUACACUAUAUAUCCUACAUAGAUUCACAGCUAGGCAAACUUAUUCUAUCAAAAGAAUUGUGUAACAUAGUUGAUACAGAAGAAGAACUUUUUGAAAAAGUUUAUCCGUCUGAUGAACAGAAUUAUAUAAAUAGGACAUGGAAGUGCAAAUUAAUGAAAGGAUACAGAAUAUGA